UAUUGAGUCAACUUGUACUCUCUGAGUAUUCGCUCAGCACUACUUUUGCCUUGCCCUAAUGGCUUCGGUGAGGUGUAUGGGUGUCUGCUGUCAUUUGUGAUGUUGGCGAACAAAGUAGUGAAAUUUCAAUCUUAGCGAUAGUUGUGUAAUAGAAAAAAAAUAUAUAUGUGAUAUUUCGAAAACAUUUCUUUGAGAGCUACUAUUAUAAUGUAUUUUUAAUACUUUAGUGCCAUUUGAGGCCUCGUCGUGCGCCUCAAGCGUGAAAUAUCCAUGAACGUUUAGAGUGCUUUGUGAUGGAUAUCUCAGUUUCUUGUCCAGUAUGUACCCUUUACCUUCGGGAGGGCGUCUCGUUGCAAACGCAUUUAAACACUCAUCCAAAAGAUCAGGUUAUUGAAGCAUUAUUAAAGUACUGUGGCCCUGGAAGGGAAGGAAAUGCUCAAAAUGAAAUGGACAGUAUGCUGGCUGCUCAAUACACUGGUGAGCAAAAUGAACCAGCUCUUGGAGAAUCAACAGAGUCUGGAACAUCACAGCAGUACCCAUCAAGUAGUAGUCACUUUACAGCUGCAGUAACAUAUCAACAGUUCAUGAGUAGUAAUGCCUCUGUUGGGGGUGCUGUGAUGCCUCAGUGCUUCUCAGUUCCUGCUAUUAUUGCAGCUCCUGCAGGGGAAAUGGGUACGGCAGCAGUAAUGCCAUUGCUGUAUAAUCCGUAUAUCCUCCAACAACAGCAACAACAACUUCAGUUUUAUAAUGCUUUUCGGACCGUACCGCAACAACCACUUACUCGCCAAAUUCUUCCACCAUCUCCCUUGUUUCCUAUUUCACCGCAAUUCAGCAUUGCUGCUAGUGGUAAUCCUGUAUUUCAGAAUAAUAUUCCAGUGUCUUCCAGCUCUGCUGCUGUUCUACAAAACGGAGAUAAUAUUCAGUCAAAUUCAUCAAUUUUUCUGUCAUCUAUUUCAAAUGGAUGUCAAGAAGCUAAGCGAAAUGAAAAGGACCAGGCCAUUGUACCUUCCACCCCUGAAUUGCCGAAGUACAGGGAUGUUGAAGACAAGCAGUGUUCUCCUAAGCAUAUAAGUCAGUGUAGUGAUAGCCAAGAAACUCAAGAAGCAGACCAGGUACAGGAUUUACCAAACAAUAGUGCAAAUGUAAGGGAAGAGUACGAAGAGAAUAUAAAUAAUCAGAUUAUUGUACCUUCUCCUACUGGUGCAAAAAAUGAUUGCAGCAACAGUGCAUAUGGUAGAGAUAGAAAUGAGAAAAUGGUUUCAAAUUCUUGUGACAAAGGAUGUGCAAAUGAAGAUGGUAAUGUGUGUAUGGAUGAUAUUACUGGGGCAUCAGAUGUACUGUUUAGUCCUGUGAGUCCUAAUUUGAGAGUGAGAACAGACCUUAGCAAAGUUAGUUCUGAAGCAAAAGAUGAACCUGCAGGAGGUAAUAGCAGUGAAUUAGAAAAUGCUUGUGUGGAUGUAAUAGUACAUGAAGAAAGGAAUAGCAUGUCUGCAGCUGGCGAGAAAUGUAAUGAAAAUGAAGGUUGGGGAUUUCUUUCCGAAACAGAUAAAAACUGCUCAGUAGAAGUUUGUCCUGUAGAUAGUGCAGAGAAAGAUUCAGCAGAAUAUAUCACAUCUGAUAUUUACGCAGAUGGGGCUGUUUGUGAAGUGGAAAGCCAACCAUCUGAGGCUCAAGUGCAAACAACUGUGUGCAGAGAUUCUGCAGCAAGUAUGGAAGGAAGGCACUUCAAAGUUGUUGAUAUAGAGGGUAUUCAUGUUCUUGUACCAACUCACUUCCUGGCAACUGAAGGAGAUCAGGCCCAAAGUGAUAACCGUGAAGCAGUUCUAAAACCAUCCAGUCAGCAAAGUGGAUGCGAAGAUCAGACUUCAGAUUGUGAUACUGAUGUAAGUGUAGUGGCUAAUCAGGACAUUCAGACUGAUGAAGUGAUGCCUCCCAUGGGUGAACUUUCAGGACAAGAGAGUCUUGGAGAAAAUGAUAUCAGCUCUUGGUCUCAGGAGAAGGACGACGUGACGACAUCGUACGAUCUACUGGCGCGGGAGAAGUGGGAGGCUUCGGACGGGUCGGAUGCGGAGAACGACGGCGACCUGGGCGCAAGCCCGGUGCCAACGAAGCUGCUAAAGGUGGCGACGGGCUGCCCUCCGCUGCCGCUGACCAUGCCUCUGGCGAGCCCCCCAUUCGCCAGCCCGCCGGCGACGAGCCCUGCCUCGGUGAGCCCGCUCCCGACCGCGCCGCCGCCGCCGCCGCCGCCCCCGCCCCCGCCCCCGCCCCCCCAGACGACGACCGCCACCGCCGAUGACGCCAAGCCCAAGAAGAAGCGGCGGGAGAAGCUGCGUUGCGUGUACAAGUGCUGGACGUGCGACGAGACGUUCACGUGCCCCAAGGAGCGGCGCGUGCACCAGAGCGAGAAGCACGCGGGGCCGCGCGUGGGCGGGCCCGGGGCCGAGGCCAAGGCGGAGCCGUGGCAGAGCGACACCGCGCAUAGCCCCGCCCCGCGCGACUCCCCUGCGGCCGCGGAUCUCCUCGGCCGCGUCAAGGAGGAGCAGGGCGAGGACUGCAAGGCGGGCUUCAAGUCGGAAGCGUUGGCGUUGGCGCAGGCGGCCGCAGCCGACGAGGACGACGACCUCGACGAGCUCAAGCCCGGCGCCUUCGACGAGGAGCGCCUGAAGGGCGUCAAAGACUUGGAGGAGCAACCGGGUGCGGACGAGAACGCGUUUAAACAUCAAAAUUUAAAUUUACAUAUUAAACGCCAUCUUGGAAUAAAGCCGUUUAAGUGUUCUAUUUGCGACAAAUCUUUCGUUACCAAACAGAAACUGGCGGAGCACACUAACACCCACACGGGCAAUACUCCGAUUAAGUGCAAUCUCUGUAGCGAGACUUUUCGCCGCUACAGCAACCUGAUUCAGCAUAAAAACCGUCACCACCUGAAGCUGAAGAAAAAAGUGAAGGAUUUCAUCUGCCAUUGCGGGGAGGUGUUCCACUCGCAGAAGAAGCUGCUGUGGCACAAGGAGAUCCACGACGAGAAGCCCAAGACGUGCAGCUACUGCAGCGAGCGCUUCGUGCACGCGUCCAGCCUCACGCGGCACAUCCGCAAGGCGCACGACCAGCGCUACUUCCCGUGCACGGGCCGCGAGGCCGAGAACGUGGAGUGCCCGGUGUGCGGCUGCGUGUUCCUCAAGACGUCGCUGGCGGUGCACAUGCGCCUACACAGCGGGCAGCGGCCCUUCAGCUGCCACAUCUGCGGCAAGAGCUUCAGCACCAAGUGGAACCUGCAGCUGCACCGCUGGACGCAUGCGGCGCGCUCGCUCAAGCCCUUCAAGUGCUCGCUGUGCAAGAGCGCGUUCAUCCGCCACAGCGAGUACACGGCGCACAUGCACUCGCACCGCAACGUGCGGCCCUACACGUGCAACUACUGCGGCAGCCAGUUCAUCCGCAAGUACAACUGCAUCCGGCACGCGCGCGAACACGAGGGCGAGAAGGCGUUCUCGUGCGACGUAUGCCACAAGGCGUUCCACCGGCGCUACUACCUCAAGGAGCACAUGCGCAUCCACAGCGGCGCGCGCCCUUUCGCCUGCCACAUCUGCGGCAAGACCUCCAGCACUAAGUCCAACCACAACAAGCACGUCAAGAUCCACCACGCGCGCGAGGCGAAAGGCUUAAUUAUAAUUGAAAAGAAUGAAAUCAGUGUUCUGAUCAAGGAAUUAAUUUUUGAGGUAGCAAUUCUGUAUUGUUUAUUAGCUGUGAUGUCAAGCAAUUUCAACAUUGAAACAUUGUGUUUUUAUCUUCAAGAGUGCCCCAACUACUGUGAUAUAAAUGAUUUUUCAUGUCAUAAAAACCAAGUGUUACUGAAGGAAAUAUUUAAAGAUACAGUAACUGUAGAAGUAUGCAUUUUGUUUGUUUUAUUUGUUGUUAUUAUUUCAAGUGAAAAAAACAUGAUUGUAGUAAUAGUGCAGUAUGCUGUUACAUGA